CGUUCAAACGUGAGUACCGCCUGGCUGUUUGUGCAGAGCAGGAGGAGUUCCCUUUCUGUUUUGUUGAUAUUUUACUCGAAAAAUGCGUGGAACAUUGGUUAUUUUGGCUAUUUUAGCAGUGUUCUCAGCUAUUAUUAUUCAUCAGCUGCAUAAACGCUUGUUUGGUAUACCCGUACCUGAUGGUCUUAACCCCAACUCUACCUUUUCUUUUCAAGUUGUUGGAUUCCUUUUCAACUUUGCCAAAGAUCUGUCACGAUUAGGUACGAGGCUUGGAAUCGUCAACAACUACCAUAUCAGUGUGAGAAACCUCUUUGAAAAGUUUUCAUACCUGGUUUUGAAUAAUUCAUUUGCUGAUCAAUUAGAAAUUAAUGAUACUGAGAUAUUUGGAAGCAAGGUUAGGAUAUACAAGCCUGUCAACAAGACAAAAGAUAAAAAGAAAAAUGAUGAAAGGAAGGAUGAAAAUGAGAAGCUCAUGCCAGCACUCAUAUAUUAUCAUGGAGGAGGCUGGACAAUUGGGAGUCUUGCUGCAUAUGAUGCAUUUUGUCGAAGAGUUGCAGUAACUGCUCAAGUUAUAGUUGUGUCUGCAGAUUAUAAGCAAGCUCCCGAAUACCUUUAUCCUACAGCAUUUAACCAGUGUUACAAUGUUGCUGUGGGACUCCUAAACACUGGUGCUCAAUAUGGAGUUGACGUCAAGAGAGUUAUGGUUGGUGGUGACAGUGCUGGUGGAAAUUUAGCUGCAGCUGUUACUCAUACUGUGGCUUAUGUUGGUGAAAAGCAUUGUAGAAAACAGUAUAUAGCUGGACAGAUCCUGAUUUAUCCCUCCCUUCAAAUGUUGAAUUUCAAUCUGCCAUCCUAUAUAGCGAAUGAAGAUGGGGUCAUUCUUUCAAGGCAUGACGUGGCAGAGUUUGUUUCCGUGUACCUUACAGGAAACACUGAUAUAGUAGAUGCAAUGCUAGCUGGAAACCAUUCUAAGCAUUUAGAAAACACUACCUAUAUGUCUUACUUUAAAAGUGAGGAGUCUGACGAGGGUCCCAUAAGGGAAGAAGAAAAUGAAGCAGGUAUAGAUGAUGAAGAUGAAACAUCUAUUGAAAAUCAAAAUAUUGGAAAACCUCUCAUUGAAAUGACAGACUUGGUUGCUGAAGCUCUGAUUAACAUCAAAGGAUCACCGUUGGUUGCCAGAAACUUCCGUGGUGUUCCUCAAACCCUUUUAUUGUCUGCAGAAUGUGAUCCUCUCAGAGAUGAGGCAUUUUUGUACGCCAAGAGGCUCAAAAAAGCUGGUAUAGAUGUUGUUCAUAAACAUUAUCCUUCCUUUCAUGGGUUUGUUACUGUCACUAGCGAGCCUUGGCCUUAUGGCACAGUUGAGGCUAGAGAGGCCAUUCAAGAGAUGGUGAGAUUUAUAGAUAGAAUGAAGAAAAUGAAGGAUAAAGAACAAGAAGAGGAGGAACAAGAAGAAGAGGAACAAGAAUCACAAAAACAGAAGAGUGACGUUUGGUAAAAUUACACGAAAAUGUUUUAUAAAUAAUUCAUAAAUCAAAAUAAUGAAGUUUUUUUCAGACUCCAAGUAUUUACAGUAGCAAGGGCCAGAUUAGCUUGCUGCAGACCAAAAUUAACUUUUGUUAAGACAGUUAAAUAAAUUCGGUCUGCACGCAGGUUAUAGCCAUAUUUACACAGCAAUUUUUGAUGUUUUAAUAAAUGUUUUAAUGUGUUUUAAA